AUGUUACGCUCACCAACUAAAAGUCACUCUGAGUCAGAUCUUGUUACUGUUACUGCACCGACGACUAGAGAGAAUGUAACACAACGUAAGCGUAAACAACCUGAGUCUGAGAUCACCGAGGCUAUUAAUAAGCUUUCUGCAGAUAUUAAUCUAAAAUUUGACCUACUGCGGAGCGACCUGGAUGGGACUUUGAAGUUAAUAACUGAUAAAAUAACUAAUAUUCAGUCGGACCUCGCUGCCGUUACUUUAGUCACAUCUAAUAUAACAACUGAACUCAACUCUCUUAAAUCAGAUUACUCAAGUCUUGGAAAAAAGGUAUCUGAUCUGAGCCAAAACCACAUGGCGUUGACCCAAGAAGUGACGCAGCUAAAAACCUCCCUCCAACACGCUGUGGACGAGCAGGGGGAUUUUCGAACAAAAAUUAAUUCUCUUUGUACGCAAGGUAUAAGCUCCGACCUAGUAUGCAGUACAUUGUCAGCGAUUGAAAUGAAAAUGGAUACUUUGGAGCAGCAGGCCAGAAAUUGCAAUGUCGAACUAUGUAAUCUGCCUGAUAAACGCAAUGAAAACUUGAUUACAAUUAUAGAAAAUGUCUGUUUAAAAAUAAAUUUUCCACUACAGCAGAAGGAUAUUAUCGCCAUACACCGCGUACCUCAUGCGCAUAAGGACAAUAACAAGCCGAAAAAUAUAAUUAUCAAAUUAAGCUCUCGCAUACUCAGAGACAACUUGCUUAGUGCUUUUCGAUUAGCAAAAGGUAUUAACUCGGAUCAGUUAGGACUAUCUGGCAACUCGCAUCGUAUAUAUAUGCACGAGCAUUUGACGCUGAAAAAAAAACAAUUAUUUCGAGAGACCCGGGAAGCGGCCAGAAAACAUGCAUUUAAGUAUGUGUGGGUCAAACAUGGCACAAUCCUUGUACGUGAAACGGAUUCUACUGCGGCAAUGGCGAUACACUCAUCAAGUGAUAUCAAGAAGAUUAAGUCUGGCAAUGGAUCAACAAAAUCGUAUAAUAGUGACAGUCAACAGUCUUAA